CCCUGUUCCUCUCAUCUUGUUUCGUUACGCUUUGGUGUUCACACCAAUGUUUUUGUUGAAUAAGUUAUGCCAAUUUUGCAUGUUGUUGCCGUUCAAAAAAGCAUGUUGUUUAUGCUAAUAAAUAACUUAUUCACUAGUGUAAAUAACUUGUGAUUAUGAAUGAAUAAGUUGUGUGGUGGUGUUUCCACUAAUAUUUUUGGUUCACGAAUUGGGCUAAUUUUGCAUGUUGUUCAUGUUAAUAUAUAACUUUUUUACUAGUGUAACAACUUGUGAUUUUGGAUGAAUAACUUGUGUUGCAGAAGUUAAUCACUUGUGUGACGACACAGGGUUUGUUUUUCCACUGCAGCUAGUUCAAUUCAGUGGCAAUGUUUCGAGGUUUAAAUUUUCGGACUGAUGAUUUUGGGCUUCGGUCUGGUCUGGCUAGACCGAUCCUGGUGUUUUGUGGGACGAAGCCCUCAUGGGAAGAAUCAACAAAAAGGGGGAAAAAAAAAGAAAAGGGAAGUCAAAAUUGGCCACCGCCAAUCCCAAUUUACCCGGAAAUUAUGAUUUCAAAGUUGCUUUCAUAUUAUGUUAAGAAAGUUAAAUAGUUUUGUUUUAUGGACAAAAUUCUUGUGAUAUAUUUUUGUUUGUGGAUACUUUUUCAGUUUGUGCAAAAUUUUAGCUGUAGAAGAAUAAAGUUUAGGUAGAAAUUGAUCAUCUUGCCAUAAGAAGCUAACCAGCGGUUUGGUUGCAUUGAUUAUCCGGAGGAAAUUUUUUCCAUGCUUCGCUACCCUUUUUCUUUUUUGUUAACCACCUUUAUUGUACUUGUUGGAUCUAAUGCCAGUGGUAAUCAUUAACAUUUCGACAGGACUGGACUGGUGAUAUGGAGGAUGAUGAUCAUGAUUAUGACACGGAAUACGAUAUCGCUUCUGCUAUUCUCCGUGAUGAUAAGGAAAGCUUGAUCCCGUUGAUUAAGAGCCUGCAUUUAAGAUAUAGGAACAAUAGAUUUGGUUCCCGUCGGAGUGAAAUCUGUAUGGCUGGCGCCUUGAACUGUGCCACUUCAAUGCUGGAAGGGGAGUUCAGCGCUGGAGGAGGCGUAAAUAUGCCAAUAAGCGGGAUUUUUCAGGCCGCAUUAUGCAGCUAUGUAUGAAUCUCCUGGAAUAUAAACGCAGGCGGCUCAGAUGCUUUUUGGGGCAGAAUGCUUUCUCUCUGGUAAAAUCUACCUUUCAGUUGAUAGCAUCCCUCUGUCUUCCUGUAUUGAAAUGUUCUUUGGAAGUUUGUAAGUUGCUUGCAUUGUCCUCCAAGAAUGUUGCAAAGGAGGCUUACAAUUAUGCCACAGAAGGAAAGCUCACUGAGUUUGCUGUCUUGCUAAUGGUGGCUUGUGAAAAGGUGUUAGUACCUAUCACAUUUUCUAGAGAAGAUGGUGACGGUUGGAAUGGAAGUACGACGGUCCACCAAUACCUUAAAAAUGCAAUUGGGUCACUAGUUGACGAGGAGUUCAAAUUACCAGGAUCAAUUGCGAAAAAGAAGUUGGCUCCGACUAAUAGGAACAAAAUGGUUUUGAGGUCAACUGCACCAGUGCUGGAUGUUUUUGAGAGGGCCGGCGAUGCUAUUGAGAAAUAUCCACAGUUAGAACAUUGCAGUACUCGAAAAGAACAAGUGGAGAGAGAUGUUGCUUUGAUUCUUGGGGAAUCUGGAUUUACAUUGAAGGCUGGAGACUUUGAUUUUAGCAUCAUAAACUGGAUGAAUUCCCAUGAUGACGUGAGGACCCCUAUCAAGUACGUAGAGACUCCAUCAGAGAGUUUGUCUCGACUAGUUCAUCCUCGCUUGUCCUUGCUGCAGCAAACAAAUUUUAACCCAAGGCAGAACGGAAUCAUUUGUGGCAGUGGUUUUUGGUACUCACGGCCGACAAUUCCUUCACAAAACCCCCAUCCUUUUUCCUCCAUGAAGAAUUCAACUAACUGGCAUCAUGUCCCAAAACGUAUCUUUGGUUCUCACUAUUCCACAAGCUGGGAUGUUCAAGUGAACAAGCAAACGAAAACAAUCGAGCAGGGUUUUCCCAACUUUUUACGUUUCAAUGUUGAUCAAGAGUGGGAUAAGAAGUGCUUGAUUCUUGUAGGUGGCAUCAUUGGAGUGUGAUCGUAUUCUUUCAUCUGGAGGGGAAUGCAGCUAUUAAGGAAGUGACAACGGGCCUGAUGCAGAAAUCAAAAAUCAAGAAGCUGUAGCAAACGAGAGAAUGGAUGUUGGAAUGAGCCAUUUCAUGCUUGAACAGUUCGUGGAAAGAUCUUUUGUGUCGGCACUCUCGAGCCAAGUGGUUUUUCGUAGGAUGAAAAUAAAGUGAACUAAGGCAAACAAAUCUGGGUUUCACACGGCGAUAACUGUCUAAAGCGUGCAUUUAAUGUUUCCACAACCCAGACACAGGUUGAGCUACUUUUAUGCCUGGAGUGGAUGAGGGGGCUAUCUGAUAAACUUGGUAAGGAGGUUGAAGAUUUGAACAGGGACAUCAAAACAUCAAAGCAUGUGUAUUUUCUUUCGAUUCUUAAACCGCUAUGACAGUACAACGACAGUAUCACGAACACUACAAUAACACGAAAAUUGACAACCGAUCAUAGAAUCAAAA